AUCCCCUCCCCCCCCACUGCUGCACCCGCAGCAGAGGGAUGGAGGAGAAGGGGGGGAACGGGGGGGGCUGGUGCUGCAGCUCCCCUCCCCCCCACUGCUGCACCCGCAGCAGAGGGAUGGAGGAGAAGGGGGGGGGGGGGCUGGGCACGCGGGCAGGAAGAAACCGUCACCCCUCUUGCCACCCCCUUACCCUCCAUGA